AUGAAAGCUUGUAUCCCAGUUGUCCUUACUCUGCUCUCUGCCGCUAGACAGGCAGCCGCGCACGGUUAUGUCUCCGGCAUCGUCGUGAAUGGCGUCUACUACCGUGGCUGGCUCCCAUCUGAAGACCCAUAUAAUUCCGACCCCCCUGUCAACAUUGGCUGGCAGACGCCUAACCUCUCUAACGGGUUCGUUACACCCGACGAGGCCGGUACCGACUCCAUCAUCUGUCACACCGAUGCCACCAACGCCGCGGGUUAUGCUACGGUUGCCGCAGGCGAUCGCAUCUACAUCCAGUGGGAACCCAACCCCUGGCCAGAGAGCCAUCACGGGCCUGUCCUGGACUACCUCGCCAACUGCGGAGAGAGCUGUGCGACUGUUGACAAGACGACGCUGGAGUUCUUCAAGAUCGAUGGCCCGGGGCUUAUUGACGGCUCCAGCCCCCCAGGCGUCUGGGCUGACGACCAGCUAAUUGCGAAUGGAAAUGGCUGGCUGGUUGAGAUCCCGGAGAGUAUUGCCCCUGGAAACUAUGUCCUCCGCCACGAGAUCAUCGCCCUACACGGCGCUGGCAGCGAGAAUGGGGCCCAGCUUUACCCUCAAUGUAUCAGCCUCAAGAUUACCGGCUCUGGAAGCGUUUCGCCAUCUGGGGCUGCUGCGACUAGCUUCUAUACCCCUACCGACCCGGGUAUCUUGGUCAACAUUUACCAGGUGCUCACCGACUAUACUGUCCCUGGUCCGGAUAUUAUUCCCCAGGGUGUGUCUAUUGAGCAGGCCUCGUCGGCUAUUACGGCAACUGGGACGCCAACACCGGUGUAG